AAUUUUAUCUCUUUUUUCUUCUUCCCUUUUAAUCAAAAGAAAGGGACUCGAAUCGUACAAGCUUCAAACUUUUUUGGAAUCCAAUUUUUUUGAGUUGGGAUUUUUUUUUAUUGAAUUAUUGUGAGUUUAAAUCUUUGAUUCUUUAUAUCAGUUCGGAUUUGAUCACAAAGGGGAGUAGUCGAAUUUUUGGACUCAGAAUCAGCUUUCCCCCUUCUAAGCUCUAGCUGUAUUAAUAUAAAAAUCAAACAAAAGAAGGAUAAGCACGGAGGGAGGAGAUUCAAAACCUAAGACCGAGUUUUGGUUUAUAAUUUGGGCUAGGGUCUUCAUUCUUCAUAUUUGAAAAAAACCCAAAAUAAGCCCAAAAUUUCAGUGGUCAGUCUCAGCUGACAACAUUGUCACUGCAAUUCCAUCACUUUGUUACAUCAGAUCAGAUGCUCCAAACUUACUAUUCAAAACCAAAACUUUGAGUCUUUAUUUCAAAAUUCAAACCCUCUUCUCAAUGUCUCGUUAAGAAACCCAAAGAAAUUCCACUUUUUUUUCAAGUUUUAGAUAUAAUUUCUUAAUGGAUAUUCUUUUUGCUCAGAUCCAAGCGGACCUCCGAUCAAACGACGCACUACGCCAAUCCGGCGCUCUUCUCUCAGCCCUCCAACAAUCCGCUGCCGGUCGUGACAUUUCCAUAUUAGCCAAGUCCGCCGUAGAAGAAAUCGUCGCCGCUCCCGCCUCCGCCGUCUGCAAAAAACUCGCCUUCGACCUUAUCCGAUCCACUCGCUUAACCGCCGACCUUUGGGAUUCCGUCUCUAUCGGCAUCCGUAACGACUUCCACUUCCCCGAUCCCGAUGUCGUUGCUGCCGCGGUCUCCAUCCUCGCCGCCAUCCCUUCCUAUUCCCUCUCCAAACUCAUCUCUGAUUCCAACGCCGAGAUCUCUGCUUGUUUCGAUUCCCCUUCUGAGAACCUCCGGUUCUCCAUCACCGAGACUCUAGGCUGUGUCCUCGCUAGAGACGACCUCGUAACGCUAUGUGAAAACAACGUUAAUCUUCUCGACAAGGUUUCAGCUUGGUGGGCUCGGAUUGGGCUAAAUAUGUUGGACAAGUCCGACACGGUUUCGAAGGUUGCAUUUGAAUCUGUUGGAAGAUUGUUUCAAGAAUUUGAUUCAAAAAGAAUGAGCCGAUUAGCUGGGGAUAAGCUUGUGGAUAGUGAAAAUUCUUUGGCUAUAAGGUCAAAUUGGGUUUCUUCAACGGUUGACUUUGUUUGGAAAAAACGCAGCUCUUUAAUGGCAAGGUCGUUGAUUUUUCCGGUUGAGAGUUUCCGGGCAACUGUUUUUCCGUUAGUUUAUGCAGUAAAGGCGGUGGCUUCGGGGGGAUUGGAAGUUAUAAGGAAGAUUUCGAAGGGUGCUAAAGUGAAUGGGACUAUGGUGGAUUCGAAUGCGGAGAAAUUAGUGGGGGUUUCAGAUUUGGUGACUCAUUUGGCACCAUAUUUGGUAUCUUCGUUGGAACCGGCAUUGAUUUUUGACGUUGGGAUUAAUAUGUUGUAUUUGGCUGAUGUGCCUGGUGGGAAGCCUGAGUGGGCUUCACAGUCAAUUAUUGCGAUUUUGACACUUUGGGAUAGACAGGAGUUUGCUUCUGCUAGAGAAAGUGUUGUUCGAGCUGUUGUUACUAAUCUUCAUUUGCUUGACCUUAAUAUGCAGGUUUCAUUGUUCAAGAGGCUGCUUCUUAUGGUAAGAAACUUGAGAGCAGAAUCGGACCGUAUGCAUGCUUUAGCCUGUAUUUGUCGGACAGCUUUAUGCGUUGAUCUAUUUGCAAAGGAAAGUGUCCGAAGAGGUCAGAAACCUCUUGCAGGAACUGAUAUUGCUUCUCUUUUUGAGGAUGCUACAGUAAAAGAUGAUCUUCAUAAUGUUACUAGUAAAAGCUUGUUCAGAGAGGAGUUGGUGGCAACUCUUGUAGAAAGUUGUUUCCAGUUGUCACUGCCUUUACCUGAACAAAAGAACUCAGGUAUGGAGAGUAGAGUGAUCGGAGCCUUGGCAUAUGGAACAGGUUAUGGUGCAUUAAACUGGACAGAGACAGCUUUGGAAGUGGUGGAAGUUUGCAGGCCAUGUGUCAAAUGGGAUUGUGAUGGAAGGACUUAUGCAAUUGAUUGCUAUUUGAAGCUGCUUGUUCGGCUCUGCCAUAUUUAUGAUACCCGGGGUGGUGUGAAAAGAGUCAAAGAUGGGGCUUCCCAAGAUCAAAUCUUAAAUGAGACAAGAUUGCAGAACUUGCAACGUGAUCUUGUAAAAGAUCUACGUGAGGUUAAUACCCCAAGAAUAUGUGCAUGUCUUCUUUGGGCUAUUUCGGAACAUAUAGAUCUAGAAGGUCUGGAUCCACUUCUUGCUGAUGAUCCUGAGGAUCCUCUAAACAUUAUCGUGUCAAAUAUUCACAAGGUCCUCUUCAACAUAGAUUCAUCUACAGAUUCAACAAAUAGGCCUCAAGAAGUUCAGGCAGCUCUUCUAUGUGCUCAGCGGUUGGGAUCUCGACAUGCUAGGGCUGGGCAGUUACUAACAAAGGAGCUUGAGGAGUUCAGAACCAAUGGCUUGGCUGAUUCUGUCAACAAGCAUCAGUGCCGUAUGAUUUUGCAGAGAAUUAAAUAUAUUUCUAUCCACCCUGAAAGCAGGUGGGCAGGGGUUAGUGAAGCCAGAGGAGAUUACCCAUUUAGCCACCAUAAACUGACUGUUCAGUUUUAUGAUGCAUCAGCUGCCCAAGAUAGAAAACUGGAAGGGUUGGUUCACAAGGCUAUUUUGGAGCUUUGGAGGCCAGACCCUAGUGAACUAACACUUUUGCUAACAAAUGGAAUUGACUCCACAUCACUCAAGGUUCCUCCAAUUGCUUGUACUUUGACUGGUGGCAGUGAUCCUUGCUACAUUGAGGCCUAUCAUCUGGCAGAUGCAGGAGAUGGAAGGAUCACUCUGCACCUGAAGGUUCUUAAUUUGACUGAACUGGAACUAAAUCGUGUUGAUAUUAGGGUUGGUUUAUCUGGUUCUUUGUAUUUUAUGGAUGGGUCUCCUCAAGCAGUAAGGCAGUUGCGUAAUCUUGUUUCUCAGGAUCCUGUACUUUGCAGUGUCACAGUAGGUGUUUCUCAUUUUGAAAGAUGUGGCUUUUGGGUUCAAGUCUUGUACUACCCAUUCUAUGGAAGUGGUGCUGUAGGAGAUUAUGAAGGUGAUUAUGCUGAAGAGGAUCCACAAAUUAUGAGGCAAAGGAGAAGCUUAAGGCCUGAACUUGGAGAACCUGUGAUUUUGAGAUGUCAGCCUUACAAAAUUCCAUUGACUGAGCUUCUCUUGCCGCAUAAAAUUUCACCUGUUGAGUUUUUCCGGCUAUGGCCUAGUUUACCAGCUAUUGUGGAAUAUACUGGCACAUAUAUUUAUGAAGGAAGUGGCUUCAAGGCUACUGCUGCGCAGCAGUAUGGAUUUUCUCCUUUUUUGAGUGGACUGAAAUCAUUGUAUUCCAAGCCUUUUCACAGAGUUUGUUCGCACAUCAUUCGCACCGUGGCUGGGUUUCAGCUAUGUUAUGCUGCAAAAACUUGGCAUGGAGGCUUCUUGGGCAUGAUGAUUUUUGGAGCCAGUGAAGUGAGCAGAAAUGUGGAUUUAGGUGAUGAAACAACAACUAUGAUGUGCAAAUUUGUGGUCCGAGCUUCUGACGCAUCCAUUACUAAACAGAUUGAAUCAGAUCCACAAGGUUGGUUGGAUGACCUAACUGAUGGGGGUGUGGAGUACAUGCCUGAAGAUGAAAUGAAAGUGGCUGCUGCUGAGAGGCUUAGAAUUUCAAUGGAACGGAUAGCCUUGUUAAAAGCUGCACAGCCGAAGAAAACUCCAAAAUCCGAUGAUGAAGUGGAGGAUGAAGAGAAAGAAGUGGAAGAUGAAGAUGAAGAGAAGAAAAACAAGAAAGAUGGUGAGGAAGAUGGUAAACCUAAAGGACCUUCCACUCUUUCCAAGCUAACAGCAGAAGAAGCCGAGCACCGUGCUCUUCAAGCAGCUGUGCUGCAGGAAUGGCACAUGCUGUGUAAAGAUAGAAGCAUAAAGAUCAGUUAACUUUCAACAGCUUCCUGUUUUUUGGUACCAUGAAACAAAGAGCUCUCUUCUUUCUUUUUUCUACUGUAUUAUGAUUU